AUGAAAAAUGGCGUAAUUUUAGAAUAAUAUGAAGACGAGGAUGAAUAUGAAAUUCAAGAGGAAAAACAGAGGUAAGAGAGAAAGGAAUACCUAAGAAGGAUGUAACAAUUGAUUUUCGAUGAAACUAAUUAUGACAUGACCUUAUAAUAAAAUACAGAAUCUCAAAUAACAUAUGAAUAUUUAAUUGAUUUGGAUAAUGAAUUUUACAUAGAUUAUACUCACAAUAUACCUGCCCCGAGUAGUUAGAUUAAACUAAGACCAAUGAACGAAUUACAGUUAGCCUACAUUUAUGUUGAUGAGUACCCUUUGUUGAAGUUGAGGAGAAUCUUAAUGAUAACAUUUUAAUCAAUCAGAUAUCUAAUGAAAUAUUUAAUAAAUCUCAAAACUUUCUAAUUGAUACUGAUGGUAACAAUUAUUUUGAACUCUCUGUGCUUGGCAUUAGAAUAAGAUUAAUAUGAGAUUAUCUUUAUUAUUUGUUAUUCAGUGGAAGCAAUUUUCAAGAUGUUGGCAUUGGGUUUGUACAUAAAGAGAGACGCAUACUUUCGAGAUUUCUGGAAUGUAAUUGAUUUUCUUAUUUUGGUAUUUUAAUACUUGCCUUUCUUUGUGAACAUAAAGUUCAAUUUUAAUGCCUUAAGGACAAUAAGAAUAUUGAGAUCUUUGGAUGCAGGUUAAAGUAUUCCUGCUUUGAAAGUAAUAUUGACCUCGUUAUUUUAAUCAGUUUAUUAAUUGAAGGAUGCAUUGAUAGUUUUAGUGUUCUCAUAUUCAAUAUUUGCAAUAGUGGCUCUCCUGCUCUUUGGAGGGGGCUUAAAGAGAAGAUGUGUUAAUUUGGAAACAGGGAUUCCUAGAAAUGACGAAGUAUGUUCACAAUGUAUGGGAGAGUUUGAUUGUGUUAAAUAGAUAGCCAAUCCUUUUAAUGAUUUAAUUAACUUUGACACCUUUGGUUGGUCACUAAUAUAAGUGUUUAUAUGCACCUUACUUGAGAGUUGGUCCUAGAUAUUGGAUUACACAAUAGCAGCUUAUAAUGAAUCAGUUUACAUCUAUUUCUUUAUGGUGGUGAUGGUAGGAGGGUUCUUCUUGGUCAAUUUGACAUUAGCAAUAAUCAAACUCAACUUUUCAAAUAAUCAGAAAUUAAUUAUAUCGCCUGUGCUUGAAGAGAGUUACGAUUAUUGGGAAUUGAGGAUCAUGGGAAUAUAUGAGCCAUCUAAAUUGUAAGCAUAGGCAGCCACUAGAAGAAAGAGUGACGCUCUAUUUACAUUCAGAGAGAAAUCCUAAAGAAUAUAAACGAAAAUCAAACAUCGGACUCUCAAAUAUCCAAGCCAAGCUUAGAAUUCUAAUCUAAAAAUUCAUCCUAUUAAAUUUGCAGAUAAUUUCAGCACUCCAUUCACGAAACAAGACAAGAAGUUUAUGGGGAUUUAUGGAAUGGGAAGGAAGUUGCAACCAAUUAUUGGAGGUGUUACUCCUUCCAACCAAAACAACCGUAAACUGAAUAUCAAUUAAGAAUAACGAGGAUAUUCCAUUCUUCAAAGUCCUAUUGAUCAAAAUAUUAGUUUCUCAUAUAAUAUCUCGCCAGAUAAUAAAUUGGGCAAUAUGUUUUUCAGUCAAUCCAAUAGAUCUCUACUGAAAGAUAAUUAGACAAGACAAUUAUCAAGUAAAUCAAUUCUAAAUAAUAAUAAUAAAUCUCCAAAUAAUCGUUCUCGAAAUACUACUCCUUAAAAUUAAAGAAAUGAACUUAAUGUUGGAUCUCCAAAAUCUCAAUUCAGUAAAUAAAUUGUGCGUAAAGUAAGACCUUCAAUAUCUGAAUCUGAUUAAAUGCUCGUUAACGAUCUUAAGAUUAUUGGACAACAUCAAUCUAAAAAAACUAUUACCACACCCAAAGACACUGAUGAGCAACUCUAAGACUUCUUCUCUUAGGCUCAUAAUAAUGUUUUAACUAAUGAAAAUUAAAGCAAUGGACUCCUAACUCCAAACAAUCAAUUAAGCCAAUUAAAUCCUACCACCUUUAAUAGAACUCAUAUGCAACAUGGCACAUAUGCUCCACGAACUUCUCAAUAAAUUUAAAUGCUUUAGGAUGUUAAAUAGAGAUCAUUUAAUGUUAAGAAUAGAUAACUAGAAAUGGUUAAGAAUGAUGUUUCUAUUUUGGAUAAGAGUGAAAAUUCAAUCAUUAAUUCAAUACCUAGUGAAAUAGUUGAACAAGAAUUAAUGGAUCUAGGUAUUUUGGAUUAUAAUUUAAUGAAAAAAUAAAAAUCUGAAAUACCUUUUAAUCCAUUAGCCAAAGUUAAUUUUGUUCGCAGGAAGAAACCUCGCUUCACAAGGAAAACUAUGAAGAAAUCAACUUAUUUAAGUAAGACAUUCAAUUCAGCAAAUGAUGAUAGAUAUCAACAAUUAAAAAUCAAAUUAUUUAAAACCAAAUUCCAUAAAGAAGUUUCAUUUUAACCUUACAAUUCCAAUUCAGAAUUAGAUGUAUUAGAAGUUUAAUAGAUGAAUAAGAUACAAUAGAACAUUAAGAAUAAUGAAGAAAUUAACAGAAAAAUAAGGAAAUAAGUUAAAUACGUAUUUUCUAAUUAACAAACACAAUUUGUUUAGGAUAGAUCUUCCUCAAAAAUCCAUCCAUCUACUACUGUUCAAAUCAAAAGUACAACUGCAAAACGCUCCUAAAAAUAGGUUAAAUUCUAAGAUUAAGAGGAACAACAAUAAUAUAAAAAAAUGAUUUAACAUGAACAAAAACUAACAUUUUAAGAAGCUUAAUUAUUAAUCAGAAAGGAAGUCUAGGCUGUGGAUUUAGAGCAGUAUGGCUAAGUUGAAAUAUAAUAUAACCUCAAAGAACAAUUACGUUAUCUAAACUACGAUCAAAUUACCAUCACUACCAGUACUAAUUAUUAAGAAUAUGUUAAAUUGAUGUCUGAAGCCAGUUCAUAACAAGAAUUAGUUUAACAAUCUUCAAUUGAAGACGUUCUACUUAUGAGUGAUUAUAUAGAUGCAUAAACAGUCGCAGUAAUGAAUAAAAUAAUGAAAGCAUUAAAUUAUACUAUAAACAUCUAUGAAAUCUGGUUACCAGGAGUUUCUGGUAUUAUUAAGGUCAUAAGAGUUAAAUUACUAAAUCUAAUUUAGAGUGAAUAUUUUAAUCGAUCAAUUAAUUUGUGUGUUGCAUUCAAUACUAUUGUAUUAGCAUUAGAUGGGUUGGUUACCAAUGAUAAUUUACUCUCUGAUUUUAACUUGGCAUUUACCAUUAUCUUUAUAAUUGAGCUUGGAUUGAAAUUAAUUGGAUUAGGGAUUAAAUAGUACGUUUAGGAUAAAUUUAAUAUUUUUGAUGCCUUUAUUGUUGGAAUCAGUUUAUAUGAAGUAAUUAUCAAUUAAGAGGGUGGAGGAAAGUCUGGAUUUAGUGCAUUAAGAUCUUUAAGAAUCUUUAGAGCUUUAAGAGUGUUGAGAAUUUCUAAGUUAAUCAGAUCCCUUAAGUUUAUGGGAUUUUUAUUAAAAGUAUUGGGUAAUGCUUUUGAAUAAAUAUUAUGGAUGCUUAUCUUGAUGCUUUUCUUCUUAUAUACAUUUACCAUUUUGGGGUUUUCAUUAUUUUAAGGAUAGAUUUCAGAUUAAAACUAUAGAUAUACCUUCAAUUCAUUUAUCAUUUCAUUUGAAACUGUCUUCUAGUUAUUUACAAUUUCAAAUUGGAGUGACGUCCUCUAUUCUUUAUUCUUGUCUGAUGCUAACAACAUAGUUGUAUUUCUAUAUUUAGUUAUAUGGAUUGCAAUAGGCAACUAUGUUUUUUUAAACUUAUUUCUGGCAGUGCUAUUGGAUAAUUUUGAGGCAGAGUAUAGAAGAGAUAAAGACUAAAUAGAUAAUAAUAUAAUUAUUGGUAGAGAUUAGAUCUUUGAAUCUGCAAUAUCUUCCAAACCUCAGGCCAGCAGAAAGUCAAGUAAAUCUUCAAUAUAAGAUGAUGUUGAAGAGUAUUAGAAAUUAUAAACUCAACGUUUUAUAUACUUUUCAGAGAAAGGCAUAGGAGAAUAUGCAUUAAUGGUUUUCUCUUAGGAAAGUGCUUUCAGGAAACUCUGUUAUAGAGCAGUGAAGGAUAAAAUAUUUGAUAUCUUUAUUCUGAUUUUGAUUUUAAUUUCAAGUGCUAAACUUAUUUUGGAUACCUAUACUUUAGGUGAUUCUUAUGAAAUUGUAUCUUAUUGGUUAGAUUUUUCGAUGGUUAUUUUAUUUGGUUCAGAAGCAGUUUUGAAAAUCAUAGCAUUUGGAUUUCUUGGAGAUGAACUGAGUUAUUUACGUAAUUCUUGGAAUGCUCUUGAUUUCAUCAUAUUAAUAGGAUCAAUUGUAGACAUCAGUGUGGCAGCCAUAGAUUUAAGUUAUUUAAAGAUACUUAGAUUGUUUAGAACAUUGAGACCAUUAAGAUUUGUAUCUCAUAAUCGAUCAAUGAAGAUUAUUGUUUCAGCCCUAUUGCAAUCUGCAGAUGGCAUUUUAAAUGUUGCAAUAGUCAUAAUACUUGUUUGGAUGAUGUUCGCCAUAAUUGGAAUUAAUUUUGCCAAAGGGAAGCUUUAUUAUUGUGAUAUGGGAGAUGGAGGAAUGCAUUAUGUCACUAAAGAAUAAUGUGAGGGAUCUUGGAGAAUUUAUGAUAGUAAUUUUGAGAAUAUUUUCUCAGGGAUGUUGACCUUGUUUUGCUUGAGUACUUUAUUGGACUGGCCAGAUCAGCUACUGUAUUAUAAGGAUGGAACUGAAAAUGGUUUAGUGAAGGAUAAUACUCCUGAAUUCUUUUUAUUCUUUUUGACUUUUAUUCUGAUUGGGUCGAUUCUCCUUAACAAUUUAUUUAUCGGAGUUAUUUUAGUUAAUUUUCACAUUGCUGAGGAAAAGGCCAGAGAUUCUUCUCUUACUUAGGAUUAGAUUUAAUGGAUUGACACUCAAAAGUUGAUCAUUGAAUCUAAACCUGAUUUAAGUUUGUACUAUAUGCCAAAGAACAGGAUCCAAGCAUUUUUCUUCAAGAUUGUCAAAGCCAAAAAAUUUGAUGUAAUAAUUUCAGUAUUCAUCAUCAUUAAUAUUGUUGUAACUGGAAUGUACAUGGAUGAUGCUAAUCUUGAAUAUCUCUAUGCAAUUGAUUAAAUUAAUUUUGCCAUAUCAAUCAUUUUUUGUUUAGAAGCAACUCUUAAGAUUCUUACUUUUGGUCCAUUAGCCUAUUUUAAAGUAAAUUGGAAUUAAUUUGAUUUUGUUAUUGUAGUUAUAUCCAUUAUUGAUUAUGUAACAAAUGAGAGUGGAUUAUCUAUAGGAAAAGGGUUUAGAAUUUUAAGAGCUAUAAGAUUAUUAAGAUUAGUCAAAUAAUUUAAGGGGCUCAAAAAACUAAUAGAUACUGCAGUUUUUUCAAUUCCUGCAAUCAUAAAUGCGGCUGCUUUAUACUUCUUGAUCCAUUCAAUUUUUUCAGUUUUGGGAGUAUUUUUGUUUUCAGAUAUUAAGAAGGGGAAAAUUAUAUCUGAUACUAACAACUUCUCAGAUUUUCAUCAUUCUUUCAUUUUGUUGUUCCUUUCUUAAACAGGGUUGGAUUGGAAUAGAAUUAUGUAUGAUACGAUGAAUAAUGGUUCAAAUUUUAAUGCUUUAUUUUGGGUUGUCUUCAUUUUGAUUUAAAAUUUUGUUAUGCUUAAUCUAUUUAUCCUUAUUGUAUUAGAUCAAUAUGACAUAAAUUAUUUUCAUGAGGACAAUCCACUCAAUAGAUUUGAUGAGUACUAAAACAAAAUGCUUGAUAUUUGGACUCGUUUUAGCUCUGAUGGAGCAAUUAUUAGUUAAAAUAAAUUGACUGAUCUAGUUCUUUAAUUACCAAAACCAUUGGGUUUAGACAUUAACAAAUCCGUGUAAAAGGGUGUAGAAGAUUGGAAAAACAUCAAUCCGUAACACACUUAAGAAGAAAUAAAUCAACUUAAAUUUAAUAUACAAGCAGAUUUGAUAAGGAAUACACUUUUCAAAAUUAUGGAUAUGUAACUCAAAUGCGAUGCUUAGGGCAACAUUCCUUAUAAUUUAGUCUUGUUUGCUGUUAUAAAGGAGGCUUAUUUAGAAAAACUUGAAAUUAAUUUAACUGAAGAAGGGGGAAGAAAACUUAUGAUGAAAGAAAUGGAAACUAGAUCAGAAAUUGAAGAAGAUUAUGGAGUUGAUUUAGAUUAAGAUGUAAACCCUUUAGUUUCUUAUUUGUAUGCCUAAACAUGUUUUAGGGCAAUGUAGAGAUUUGUUGAAAUUUCUAAAUAUAAAUUGAUUGAUAAUGGAUUAUCAUUUUUAGCAAAAACAGAUUCAUCUCUUGAUUUUGAAGAGUAUUUAGACAAUGAUUUAUCUAAAGAUGAGUAUGAAAAACCAGAUUACGAAGAAGUUUAUUUUGUUGAAAUUCCUAUAAAUAAUAAGAUUUAUAAUGGAGAAUAGUACAAAGUGUAAGUUGCAUAAGAAGAAUAAAGCAAAGAUGAAAAUUCAAGUAAAUAAGUAAUUGAUGAUGAAAACGAUGCCGAAGAAGCAGAAGAUUACAAAUUAUAAAUAAUUGAUUUUAAUAAGUAUUUAGGAGAUUGA